CACACACGCUUGUGUUGUAUUGUGUUGUUGUGUUGUGUUGUAGCGUAGGAUUUAAAAAUACGCACUGUCUGCGUCAAAUUAACAUUAUGUGAUUAUCUGAUGUUCAAUAAAAUUUAAAUCUAGCAAAUUUGGAAUAAAAUUUGAUAAUUUUUAUGUAUAAAAAAAAUACAUAGUUUACGAUACCAUACAACAACAAGUAUCUUGGUGUAUACAAACGUUGAUUUGUUAAAAAGGGAAUACGUAACCUUCAAAAUUUAAAUUAAAUAUGGCGCGUCAAAGUGUUGAUGCAGAUUGCGAAAAAAUGAAUAAUUUGUCAGACAAUAAAAACAUUGACUUAGAUAAUUGUAGAAAAUUAAUUAAAUCGUACAUCGAUUUGCAUCUUUAUAGUGCUGCUUUAUUUUGGGCAGAUAAAGUUGUUUCAUUAAGUAACGAAGAUCCUAAAGAUGUAUGUACUUUAGCACAUUGUAUGUAUUUAAUGAAACAAUAUCAUAGAGCUGCUCAUGUUAUCAGAAGUCGUGGACUAGAAAAGACAGACAUACUGUGCCACUAUUUAACAGUAAGAAGUUUAUUAGAAGCAAAAGAAUACAAUGAAGCGUUACAAGUUAUUAAAGAAUCAGAAGUAUAUACAAAUAUAACACAGUCAGGUUUUGGAGAUCGUGCAGAUGCAUUAGAAGACGCACCAAAAAAUGUACAAAGUUCAAUAUUGUAUGUGAAGGGAAGAAUAUACGAAGCUUUAGACAACAGAGCAGUAGCAACUGAUUGUUAUAAACAAGCUUUACAUUGUGAUGUGUAUUCAUAUCAGGCAUUUGAAGCAUUAGUCCAAAACCAAAUGUUGUCAGCUGCUGAAGAAAAGGAACUUCUGGAAUCUCUUCCCUUUGGUGAACAAUGCACAGAAGCUGAAGCAGAGCUCUUACAACUAUUGUAUGAAAGUAAAUUGAAAAAAUAUCAAGAGCCAAACACAAAGCAACCACUUGCAACAUGUAGUGUUAUGGGAGUUCUUGUCACAGAUAGAUUAUUAGGUAAUUUGGAUAUGGAAGUUACAGAAGCAGAGAGAUUGUAUUAUAAUUGUGAUUAUCAUAAAUGUUUCUCCCUUACAGAAAGGAAAAAGUGAUCCAGCUCGAAGAUAUUUAGCAAAAGCCACAGCAUUGGAUAGAUUAUUUGGUCCAGCUUGGUUAGCUUAUGGUCAUUCCUUUGCAGUAGAAAAUGAACAUGAUCAGGCAAUGGCUGCUUAUUUUAAGGCUUCUCAAUUAAUGAAAGGUUGUCACCUGCCACUUUUAUACAUUGGACUUGAAUGCGGUUUAACGAAUAAUCUUAAAUUGGCUGACAAGUUUUUCCAACAGGCUCAAGGAAUAGCUCCGAAUGAUCCAUUUGUUAUACAUGAAAUGGGAGUUAUAUCUUUCUAUAAUUUAGAUUACAAAACUGCUGAACGGCAGUUUAAAGAAGCCAUGAGAAGAAUUCAAGGCGGACUAAAGGAUGUUAUUCUACCUAGUAAAUGGGAGGCACUUCUAAAUAAUUUGGGUCAUACUUGUAGAAAAAUGAAGAAAUAUGGAGAGGCGCUAGAAUAUCAUCAACAGGCAUUAAUGUUAAAUCCAUUAAAUGCGUCAACUUAUGCAGCUGUAGGUUUCAUUCAUGCAUUAAUGGGAAAUACACAAGAAGCUGUUGAUGCUUUUCAUCGAGCACUUGGACUUAGAAGAGAUGAUACUUUCACAACAACUAUGUUAACUUAUGUUAUGGAACAACUUAUAGAAGAAUCACCUCCAUAUCCUGGUGCACCAGCUGAUAUUCCAAAGUAUGAAUAUGCUGCAAAUGAACAUCAAGAGACAGACAAUACAGAACCUGUAGAAAAUGCAAAUAAUAUAGCUGGAGCAGGAAGUCAAGAUAUUGAUAAACUAAGAGUAAAUUUAUUUUCUGGAUGGGGAGAAGAUUCCAGUAAAGCUGAAGAUAAUACUUCUGAUAAAGUGGAACGCAAUUCUCGAGACAUGGUUGUAAAUUAUUCCAAUGAUAUUAGUUCCGAAGUUGAAAUGUUGGAUUCAUCGACUGCUCAUAUAGAAUAAAAUGCACAAAUCUUUUAUAUAAUAAAUAAA